CCCCAAUUCCCCCAGCGCCUCACUCCAUCGCAUCGACGUCGCCAUGCGCGCCCUCGCCCGCGUCGCGGCACGCCGCGCACUGAGAGGCGCCGCGGCAAGUGUCGCGAAGCUCGCGCGAGGCCAUGCCAGCAGUGCGCUGGUUGCUGGGGAGGCGGAAGCCGAAGAGGCGGCCAGGAAGCUGAUCGAGAAGCUCCCGGAGAAGCGAAACGGCCUCUUGCUCUACUUGGCCAAAGGCUACGGCGCUCGCUCUGAAUGCAUCGGCCCUCUUCUGCAUGAGCAUUUGGGUUCCGACGCGGUGGUGCUGGGCUGCAACUCCGAGGGCGGCGUCAUGGCCCAGGGCCGGGAGCUGCAGAAGGAGACCUUCGCGCUGGCGGCGCUGCUGCUGGACCUCCCAGGCCUGCAGGCUCGGCCUUUUGCCGGGGAUUUGGAGCAGCUGCCGAGCUUGAAGCGAGGCGGCCGCUGGUCCUCCGGCACGGACCGCUCGGCCUUGGCCUUCUGCUCCCUGCCGGUGUCGGCUGGGGACCCACAAAGCUGGGUCUGCAUGCUGGACAUUGCGCUCACCGGCCGGAGCGGGCGCCCGCCGGUGCUGGUGGGGGGCAUGCCGGUGGGGGGCUACGCCUACGUGGACGGGGAGAUGAAGGCCUCGGGCGCCUUUGGAGUGGUGCUGGAGGGCGCGAGCUGCAGCCCCGUGGUGUGUCAAGGCUCGGAGCCUUUUGGGCCCUUCAUGGAGAUCACCGCGGUGCAGCAGCAGCACGUCAUCCGCGAGAUCAACGGGCAGAGCCCCCGGGACCUGCUGCUGCCGCUGCUCAACGGGCCACAGGUGCCCGGCACCGGCAGCUCUAUGGCAGGCAUCUUCGUGGAUCCCAAGCCUGAGAGCGGCGAGCAUGGCUCCUGGACGGACGCCCACCUCGCCGCAGCAGCGCUGGGCGGAAGGCCCAACUGCCUUUCACGUCCCAUGCACGCCUUCACGCAGGAAGGCUACUUAGUCUUGUCGCCCCUCACGGACAUGACGCCGUACGCCCCAGGCAUGCAGCUGCAGCUCCAAUGCUUCAGCCCACAGCACGCUUUGCGGGACUUGCGCUCGCGGGCGGAGACUGACCUGGCGCUCCAUGGCAGACCACCAGAUGCGGUGGUCAUGGUGUCCUGCGGUGCCCGGGGGUCAGAGCUCUAUGGGGAGGAGGGUGUGGAGAGCGCUAUCCUCCGGGAGGUCUGGGGCUGCGACGUGCCCAUGCUCGGCUUCUUCGCCGGCGGCGAGUUCGGGCCCGUGGGGCUGAGGACCUAUGUCCACGGCUACACCACGUCCUGCAUGAUGAUUCGCUCAGGUCAAUGAGCGCCGAAAUGAGCGCCGAAAUGAGCGCCGAAAUGAGCGCCAAGACGCGAGG